UCAAACUCUCUCUUCUCUCAUUCUCAAAAACAAAAAAACCCCAUAAACAAUUCUUCUAAUCUUGCAUUUCUCAAGAAAGGAAAAGAAAAAAGGAAAAUGGAGGCUACAAAUCAUGAAGCUUUUUUGUUAUCUCAACGCUGCGUUUGGGUUAACGGUCCGGUGAUCGUCGGUGCCGGACCGGCGGGACUGGCCACGGCGGCUUGUUUAAGAGAACAAGGCGUUCCAUUUAUUGUAAUUGAAAGAGCCGAUUGUAUUGCUUCGUUAUGGCAAAAACGAACUUACGAUAGGCUUAAACUUCAUCUUCCUAAGCAAUUUUGUCAGCUCCCUCGUCUUCCAUUUCCUCAACAAUUCCCAGAAUAUCCUUCCAAGAAACAAUUCAUUCAAUAUCUUCAAUCCUACACUCAAAAAUUCGAAAUCAAUCCACAGUUUAACGAAACCGUUCAAUCGGCUCGCUUCGAUCAGACCAGUGGUUUAUGGCGUCUCAAAACAGAGUCUUCCAUUUCCGGCCAAGUGGUUGAGUAUGUUUGUCAAUGGCUUGUGGUGGCUACCGGCGAAAAUGCAGAGUGUGUCAUUCCGGAAAUUGAUGGUCUUAAUGAAUUUUCCGGCGAGGUUUUGCAUGUUUCCGAUUAUAAAUCCGGCGACCGGUUUAAAGGGAAGAAUGUUCUUGUGGUCGGAUGUGGGAAUUCCGGAAUGGAGGUUUCUCUUGACCUUUGUAAUCACCAAGCUUCUCCAUCCAUGGUGGUUCGAAGCUCGGUUCAUGUUCUGCCACGGGAAAUUCUCGGAAAAUCGAUGUUUGAAUUGGCGGUUUUGUUGAUGAAAUGGCUACCAAUUUGGAUUGUGGAUAAAUUGAUGUUGAUUUUGGCUUGGUUUGUACUUGGGAGUAUUGAGAAAUAUGGGUUAAAAAGGCCAUUAAUGGGGCCAUUGGAGCUGAAGAACACAACAGGGAAAACCCCUGUUUUGGACAUUGGAGCAUUGAACAAAAUCAAAUCAGGAGAAAUUAAGAUUGUUCCAGCGAUAAAAAAGUUGAAUAAAAAUGAAGUUGAGUUCAUCAAUGGUGAAAAAAUGGAAAUUGAUUCAGUUCUUUUGGCAACUGGAUAUAGAAGCAAUGUACCAUUUUGGCUUCAGGAAAAAGAAUUCUUUGGUAAAAAUGGGUUUCCAAAAACACCAUUUCCAAAUGGAUGGAAAGGAAAAUCAGGGCUUUAUGCUGUUGGAUUUACAAGGAGAGGGCUUUCAGGAGUAGCUUCAGAUGCCAUUAAAAUUGCACAAGAUAUUGGAAAUGUUUGGAGAGAGGAAACAAAGCAGAAGAAAAAACCAAUUGCUUGUUUAAGAAGAUGCAUUUCACAAUUCUAAACCCAAAAAAACAAAAAUCUUGAUUGAUAUUAUUCAUUCUUUUGGUGUAAAUUCUAAUGGCACUGUAAAAAAAAGGAAAAAAAAAAAAAAAAAAAAAAAAAAAAAAAAAAAAAAAAAAAAAAAAAAAAAAAAAACUAAAAGGGUUAGUGAUAGAGGUAAAAAAAAAUGGCCCUCUCCAAAGAAAGAAAAAAGGAAGCCCAAGUUUUGAGUUCGUGUUUUUUUGGGCAUUUUUGUUGAUGUGGGGAUGAUGAGGCUAGGCUCUUUCUUUGGUAAAAUUUGAGGUUAAUUCAAAAGAGGGAAAAAAAGAUUAUAUUUAUAUUAAUUUCUUUUUUCUCUCUUUUUGUACCUAAUUUCAUUUCAUUGAUCUAAUCAAAAGGCCACAGAUUCAUCUUUGUUU